AUGAACCACUCUUCUCUUCUGCCCGAAUCCUUUGCCAUGGACUGCCCCGUCACCACAGAAAGUGACUAUAUCAGCUCUCAUGUGACAGGAUUCCCAAGCGACGAGGAUGAUAGCCAGCGAGUCGGAGGGCUUUCCUCCAUCUCCUCCAUGCCCGUCACCAACGGCGUGCGGUACCACACACAGCAGCCUGCGAUGCAGGACUUACACUUCCCUGGUUCGACGGCACUUACAAUGACUCCACCAGAUUCUUGCUCCGAUUCUUUCUCCCCAACCUCCGGUCCUCUAUUCACAUACCCUGCUCAGCAACCCAGUUCGUACGAUCGCAUGGCAGAGUUUCGACGCGGAGGUCUAUCUCUUCAACCUCUCGCUGGAAUGUCUUCUACUAUGCAAGCUCCCAAUCAUGGACUGGGCGCCGUGCCAGGACUGAUGGGCCGGAAUAACAGCUACGGCUCGUCGUAUGCAUAUCAUCGAGGAAUGGGGUUGCCUCUGGCAGGCGUGAAUGAUAUUUCUCGGACUCAUCAAUAUCCGGGGAACCCUCGAGCUUUGGAUGGUGUCCUCGACCGACCACAAACGACCUUAUUUCAGCAGCCCAUAGUGGAAUCUUCUCAACGGUCUCAAGCACAAAUCGAGGCACCUCCCUUCGAUGAUACGAAUCAUGUUGAAUCCAUUGUGGCAGACUUCGGGACUUCACAAACGGAGAUCAAGCCAGAAGUCCACGCAAAAAUUGGUCGAGGCUUCUUUGCCUCCGACGGGAAGUGGACGUGCUACCGUCGGAACUACUUUGCUGUCACUUGCAGCUUCAGCCUGCACCCAUGGCCCUCUACUGUGCCCCUGUAUCUUCGACGCGAUAAUCAAACGCUUUCUCCCAUUCGAGGCUUUGCCAUGUCGAUUUCUGCGAUUGUGAACGGUAUCUAUGGAGACACCCGUGAGCUUGUUCAGCAUACACCCAAGAGAGACAAACAGUCCGAACGCAAGCCCGGACGAGUCACCCUCCAGCCAUCUCCCCCACCAUCGCUGACUGCAGGGUCCGCGGGGAAUGGCACACAUUCCGGCUUUGCCCUGGGAUCGCAGUCCCUCGACUACAAUGGCUCUUUCACAGGGGCACCCCAGCCAUGUCAACCCCCCACAUCCCACAUGUUCGAGCGAAUUCAAUUCCAGAAAGCCACCGUCAACAACGGCAAGCGCCGCGCAACGCAACAAUUCUACAAUCUCGUUGUCGAAUUACAUGCAGAAGUGUCCGACGCGGUGACCGGUGAAUCAACCUGGGUCCAGAUCGCUCGCCGCCACUCUGACCGGAUGGUCGUCCGAGGCCGAUCCCCGGGGCAUUACAAGGACGGGCGCCGGGACAGCACCGCUAGCAUGGGCCCUGACGGCAGCAGCGGAGACGGCGGGAGUAGUCUCCCUCACGGAAUGACCCAGGCGCACUCACACCUUAUAUACGACCAAGGGCCUAGGAACAUCUUGGGAUACGGAAGGACCGACUACCGCCAUAUGCCUACCUCAGAACACUCUCCACUGAGCGAUAGUCCUCUUGUUUCAUCGUCAUCAUCACCUGGUUUCGACUACUCGAUGAUGGAUGAUACGAUGAACCCCAUGGACACGAUCAAGACCGACCCAUACCAAGACCCCGUUUUCUCAGGCGUCAAUACACACUAUCGUGCCAGUACCGGAGGUUUCGAUCCGGUUUACUCUUCUUACGGUCGCCAUGACCCCCUCCCUAACUCUCACGGGCUAUGCACUUAG